AUAAUUUUAUAUUUAUUUUUUAAUUUAGAGUACAAUGGAGACGUUUUUUUGCAAAUGUGCAAACGUUACUAUUAAUAUAGUAUCUAUAAAAAACUCUAAUAUUGAGAUAAAAGACUUGGUUCAUAUUGAAGAUGUAGAAAAUAUUGUAAGGCCAUUCUUCAAAAAUAAAUUAAUUGAAGUAAUCCCUGCAGCUAAUGGAAUAGAAGUGGCUCAAAAUAUCCUAUUGUUACAGAGAUCUGUUAAUGGGUGGAAAGUUUCUUUAUGCCUUAAUUGUGGUUGCUAUACCCAUGCCACUAAUCAAGAUCAGAGAUUACUUUUAUCUGAAAAUCUGGAUCACGGGAAAUCAAAGUAUAGCGAAAUACUAAACUCUAAAAAAUUCUCUAAAAUAUUUAAUUUUAAACUUAUGAAUGAGGAUAUACAAUCAAAUACAACACAAAAGAUACAUUUUAAAGAGUUAUCUAAAACGUAUGAACAGUUAGAAGCAUUUUUUAAAAAAGUAAUUUUGUUAGAAGAAGAUGCAGUUAGAGAAAGAAUCAGGAUAUACACUGCAAACCAACUGGAGGAGUUCCAAGAUUUCAAACUGAGAGCCAGUAAUGAAAAAGAUACUUUAAAGAACAGUAUUAAAAGGUUUGAAGACCCUGACGAGUAUGAGAGUUUAUUUGGUUUGGAUGCAGGAACCAAAAGCAUCAUUCGUGGGUCUAACAAUAAGUUUCAAAAUUUAUACAAUGAAAAAACUUAUUCAACCGACACUUUAAAUAGAUCAACUAUUUCAAAUUCAUCACAUUUUCAAGAGUCCAAAUCUCAAAAAUUAACGCAGACAAAAUCACGCUCUCCUAUUAAACGAUCAGAUUCGAACAAUGAAGAUUUCUUUGACUUUGAAGGAUUUCACGAUAGCAAAAGUUAUGAAACAUUUGUUGAAUCAGAUGAUGAUAGCAGUGGUGACACAGCAAGCUUGGAAAGUAGUGGUGGUGGAUUUAGUAUGCAAAUAACUAGUCAAGGGACAAAUUCUAGUGAAAGGAUGUAUGCUACUUCAGUACCUGUAUCCAUACAAAUGUUUAACACCAGAAAACAUUCUUACGAACCAUAUGACGAGGAUGACUUAGAUGAACUUUCGCCAUCUCCUAGUCAUAUUGCUGACUCAAUUAAAGCUUUGGCUAAAAGUGUACAAGAUUCAACUGCUAUGUUUGGAGAACUACCACGCACACGAUUUAAUACGAUUCCGUAUUCGUUGAGAUAGCUUUUUAACUUCUUGUAAUUUACAAAUCUUAAUGUUGGUUACAACUAUGCGAUAUGCGCUUCAAAGUUUAAGUUAUUCAUGAUCUGAAUGCCAACUUUGCUUACCGCAUCAUUUAGUUUGUGAAUGUUGACUUGUCUUGAUAUAUAUUAUAUAUAUAUAACAUUUUUUUGUGAUUUCACAAUACAUUUACUGUUUUGUUAAAAUAUUUUUAAUUGUUAGUUUUAUAUCGAUUGAUUUUGUUUAAGGUUGAUUUGUUAAUAGUAGUUUGAAAAAACCGGUAACCGAUAAGCUUUUAUAAGCUGGUUUGCGGUAAGGAAUCGCCCAUAAAUUACGCAACGCUAAAUUUAUUUAAAAAACAGAAGUAGGGAGACUUUUGGCUCUUUUACGCGGCACUUUUUAUUAAACUUAACGCGCAAUUUUAAUUUUUGAUUUAUUUAAGGCUCUGCGAAGGAAAACUUUUGAUCUCUUACUAGUGAAAUUUAACGUUGCGUCAUUUAUGGACGAUCCCUAAACUGAUUUAUUUUACUUGGGUUUGCCCAAUUUUUUCUUCUUUAAAACUUGUAUUUAUAUUUUUUAUCUUUUUGAAAACUUACUUUAAAACGGCAAUUGUUUUAGUUGUUUGGUCACUUAGUGUCCGGUUGUAUCCGCUUUUAUAAUAGUUGUUUGGUCACUUAGUGUCCGGCUGUAUCCGCUUUUAUUUUUGUAAUCUUUAGUAAAAUUUCCGUUUUUUUGUAAAUUGUUAAAACUUUUUACACUUAAUGUU